AUGCGUCUACUCGGUCCAUGCCAAGAAGUAUCACACCCGAGUGAGAACCUGUGCACCAGUGCCCCGACACCAUUGAGCGGCAGGAUCCUCGUGGACCAAGAUGACUCUGAAAUCCUUCGUAAGCCACGACACCUGUUAUCUGUUGUCACGCUUGUAAUUGAUUCUUUUAUUGGUUCGAGGUACAAAACUCUGCAUGCAGUCAUAGACUAUGGCAUAAAAGCACCUCUCCCCGACCUGUUGAACAGAAACACAACCCCAGAGAAACAUAGACGAAGGAAAAAAUUGACAGCGAACUACUUGAAAUACGAAGGAGAGAUGACAAUCACUGGCGGCCCGAGGGACUUUUACUGUAUAUUCUAUAAUUUCCAGGCUUUUCUAGAUCUGUUAUCAUGCCAUCUGGAAGCAUCCUUCCAUCAGGAAUACACCAAUAUCAGCGACAUUGUAAAGUCGGUCAUCGCCGUAUAUGAAGGCGGUCGUAUCAUGAGAGCCUAUUAG